AUGGCGGCGGCGCUGGCGAGGCGGGGCGGCGCGGGGCUGGCCCUGGCGCGGCGGAGGGGGAUGUGCUCGGCCGGGGCGCCGGCGUCGGAGCGCGCCGCGGCGCUGACGUCCGACGAGCUCAUGCGGAUGGAGCGCGAGCGGAGCGCGCACAACUACCAUCCAAUUCCAGUGGUGUUCUCCAAGGGAGAAGGUUCACAUAUAUUGGAUCCUGAAGGCAACAAAUACAUUGAUUUCUUGUCGGCUUAUUCCGCAGUCAAUCAGGGGCAUUGCCAUCCAAAAGUCCUCAGAGCAUUGACAGAACAGGCCGAAAGGCUUACACUGAGUUCCAGAGCUUUCUACAAUGACAAAUUCCCAAUCUUCGCGGAAUAUCUGACAAGCAUGUUUGGAUAUGACAUGAUGUUGCCGAUGAAUACUGGAGCUGAAGGAGUGGAGACAGCUAUCAAACUGGCAAGGAAAUGGGGUUAUGAGAAGAAAAAUAUACCAAAAAACGAGGCUUUGAUUGUCUCUUGCUGUGGAUGUUUUCAUGGUCGAACAUUAGGUGCCAUCUCUAUGAGUUGUGACAAUGAUGCGACUCGUGGUUUUGGUCCUUUGGUUCCUGGUCAUCUUAAAGUUGAUUUUGGAGACAUUGAUGGGUUGGAGAAAAUCUUUAAAGAGCAUGGCGAUAAGAUAUGUGGGUUUUUGUUUGAACCAAUCCAAGGAGAAGCUGGGGUAAUAAUCCCACCAGAUGGCUAUUUGAAAACUGUCAGAGACCUUUGUUCUAGGCACAACAUUUUGAUGAUUGCAGAUGAGAUCCAAACAGGCGUAGCUCGAACAGGCAAAAUGCUGGCAUGUGAUUGGGAAAACAUACGGCCUGAUGUGGUGAUUUUAGGCAAGGCACUUGGUGCUGGAGUAGUUCCUGUCAGUGCAGUUCUUGCAGAUAAGGACAUCAUGCUGUGUAUCAAACCAGGAGAACAUGGAAGCACAUUUGGUGGGAACCCACUGGCAAGUGCUGUGGCAGUUGCAUCACUGAAAAUCGUUAGAGAUGAAGGACUCGUUGAAAGGGCUGCAAAGUUGGGAGAAGAGUUCAGAGGUCAGCUACAGAAGGUUCAGCAGAGAUUCCCGCAAGUCAUAAGAGAAGUACGUGGGAAGGGUUUGCUGAACGCGGUGGAUUUAAGCAACGAAGCUUUAUCUCCUGCUUCUGCCUAUGAUAUCUGCAUCAAGCUGAAGGAGAGAGGUGUUCUGGCGAAGCCCACACAUAACACCAUAAUCAGAUUAGCACCUCCUCUGUCAAUCAGUCCUGAGGAUCUUGCAGAAGCAUCCAAGGCGUUCAGUGAUGUGCUUGAGCAUGAUCUGCCACAGAUGCAGAAGCAGAUCAAGAAGACAGAAUCCGCAGCAGAGAAACAAGUCUGUGACAGAUGCGGCAGAGAUUUGUAUGGAUAGAGCGAUGCCGAAACGUUUCCAGAGGCACCCAUUUCGCCGAAUAAACAACAGAACAUGUCGUGAAUUGAUAGCUCAUUGUAGAAGUAAAUACAACUCCUUGUUGCAUUGUCUGGGCGACGGUCCAGGGAUUUGUCGCCUAAUCGCCUUGGUUGCAAAUAAAACUGGGUAGUAUUAUGUUAGUCUAUCGUAUUAUGCAGAAGAAUUCAUUUUGAGGACACAA